AUGCAACAGAAAGAUACCAACCGCCUGGCCGUCCUCCGUUCGAUUCUCUCCCAAACCCUCAACGCCUCCAAGACCUCUUCCCCCAUUUGCACAGAUAUGCAAAUGCUCGCCCUCCUCCGCAAAACAACCAAUGCAAGCAAAACCGCUAGGGAGGACUUCAAGAAGGCUGGACGCGAGGACUUGGUGGAGAAGGAGGAGAGUCAGAUUAGGAUCAUGGAGGAGUAUGUGGGCACUGUGGAGGUUAUUGGGGAGGAGGAUGUCAGAAAUGCUGUGAGGAGUGUGGUGGAGGGGUUAAAGAAGGAAGGAGAGGCGAAGAAGGUGGGGAUGGGGGAGGUGCUGAAGAAGGUUUUGGAUAAGGAUUUACUUGGGGAGAAGAAUGUAGAGAAGUCGGAGUUGGUGAGGAUUGUGAAGGACAUAUUGGCUAAGCCGUAA